GCGGCGGCGGCGGUCGUGGCUGCGGCCGGGGGAAGUGAAUGGUUUUACCCAGAGGGCCCUGCGCCGCCUUUCUCCGCUGGCACCGGCGCCGCUGCCUGCUCCUCCUUCUCGGCCAUGGCGUUCACGUUCGCGGCCUUCUGUUACAUGCUGGCGCUGCUGCUCACCGCCGCGCUCAUCUUCUUCGCCAUCUGGCACAUUAUAGCAUUUGAUGAACUGAAGACUGAUUACAAGAAUCCCAUAGACCAGUGUAAUACCCUGAACCCUCUUGUACUUCCAGAGUACCUCAUCCAUGCUUUCUUCUGUGUCAUGUUUCUUUGUGCAGCAGAGUGGCUUACGCUGGGUCUCAAUAUGCCCCUCUUGGCAUAUCAUAUUUGGAGGUAUAUGAGUAGGCCAGUGAUGAGUGGACCAGGACUCUAUGACCCUACAACCAUCAUGAAUGCAGACAUUUUAGCAUAUUGUCAGAAAGAAGGCUGGUGCAAAUUGGCUUUUUAUCUUCUAGCAUUUUUUUACUACCUAUACGGCAUGAUCUAUGUUCUGGUGAGCUCUUAGAACAACACCCAGAAGAAUUGGUCCAGUAAGUGCAUGCAAAAAGCCACCAAAUGAAGGGAUUCUAUCCAGCAAGAUCCUGUUUCCAAGAGUAGCCUAUGGAAUCUGAUCAGUUACUUUAAAAAAUGACUCCUUAUUUUUUAAAUGUUUCCACAUUUUUUGCUUGUGGAAAGACUGUUUUCAUAUGUUAUACUUGGAUAAAGAAUUUAAAUGGAAUUACGUAUAAAUUAAUAUAAAAUGAUUACCUCUGGUGUUGACAGGUUUGAACUUGCACUCCUUAAGGAACAGCCAUAAUCCCUUGAAUGAUUGCAUUAAUUAUUGACUAUCCUUAGUCCAUUGGAAGCUUUUGUUUAUAGGAACUUGUAGGGCUCAUUUUGGUUUUAUUGAAGUGCCAUCUAAUGAUAAAUUAGCUGUAGAUAUCAGGUGCUUCUGAUGAACUGAAAAUAUAUAUCUGACUUGUGGGAAACUUCAUGGGUUUCCUCAUUUAUCAUGUAUAUGAUUAUAUAUGGACGCAUUUACAAAACACGAAGAGUGGGAUUUUCUUCCCUUCAACUUGAUAUUAUCCCUGUAUAUUGCAUGAGUGAGAGAUUUCCCAUUAUUUCCGUCAGAGUAAUAUACUUGCUCUAAUUCUUAAGCAUAAGUGAACAUGAUAUAAAAAAAUAUAUGCUGAAUUACUUGUGAAGAAUGCAUUUAAAGCUAUUUUAAAUGUGUUUUAAUUUGUAAGACAUUACAUAUUAAGAAAUUGGUUAUUAUGCUUAAUGUUCUAAUCUGGUGGUAAAGGUAUUCUUAAGAAUUUGCAAGUACUUUAAAUUUUCAAAACUGAAUGAGAGAGAACAUUGUAUAGCCGUCCUGCUGUUCCUUUAGUGCAAUACAAUAAAACUCUGAAAUUAACUUA